AUGGAUUGUAUCGCUUCAGGGAAAGGUGACACGACAGAAAAUUGUGAUCCAAAUUCAUUAUCAAAUGGUACUUCUAAGACUGCCGUAGACAAACAAAAAACUGAUAGUGAAAAAACACUCGCCGAAGCUCCCGCAGAGAGUACGGCAUGUACGUCGGAAUCAACCGAGGACUCUGUUGUCUGCGAAAUUCCGGAACAAGUCGAAUUUACGGUAGUUUUUAACAAAGUCAAACACGACAUAACAUUUGCUUACGAUGCGACUGUAUCAGAAUUAAAAGCCCAUCUUGAAAGAAUAUGUGGAGUACCACAAUCGGCGCAGAAACUAAUAAUUAAAGGCAUGGCUCGCGACAAUAUGACACUAAGGAAAGCUGGUGUUGUUAAAGGUGGAAAAGUCAUGCUUGUUGGCUCUAAAAUGGAUGAUAUAUUAGCUGUAAAAAGUGCACCAAAGGAAAUAUCAGACGAAAAAUCAAGUAGUCAGACAAAUAAGGAACCACUUUGCAUGCAGAAAAAUCACAGAAAAGUCCUUGAUAAAGGUAUUCCACCAGAUGUCAUGCCUGGGAUAAAGGGAGUUAAGGAACCUUUGCCCCCAAUCCCGCUUAGUGGAAUGUUAAAUAAGCAUGGUGGUAAAGUAAGAUUAACAUUUAAGCCAGAACAAGACCAACUUUGGGUUGGUACAAAAGAGCGUACUGAGAAGCUUGCCAUGACAUCUAUUAAAAGUAUAACUUCAGAACCAAUCAAAGAUCAUGAAGAGUAUCACAUUAUGGGCCUUCAAUUAGGAACCACAGAGGCUUCAAGAUAUUGGGUCUACUGGGUGCCAGCUCAGUAUGUGGAAGCCAUAAAAGAUGCAGUACUUGGUGUUUGGCAGUUCUUUUAA